AUGGAUUGGGCAUUAAAGCUUGAUGACGCUUUAUGGGCGUGUAGGAAAACCUUUAAAACCCCAAUUGGCCUUACUCCCUAUCAAUUAAUUUAUGGGAAGUCAUGUCAUCUCCCCGUUGAAUUAGAGCAUAAGGCAUAUUGGGCAACAAGGACUUUGAAUUUUGAUGUGAAGAAGGCCAGUAGGAAGAGGUUACUUCAACUUAACGAAUUCGAUGAGUUAAGAAUGAAUGCUUAUGAGAAUGCGAAGUUAUAUAAAGAUCAUACUAAGUUGUGGCAUGAUAAGCAUUUAUUUAAGAAGGAAUUUCAUGAGUGUGAGCUUGUUCUCCUUUUUAAUUCAAGACUCAAGUUAUUUUCGGGAAAGUUCAGGUCACAAUGGUCGGGUCCGUUUAAAAUUAUGAAAGUUUAUCCUCAUGAUGCGGUUGAUCUUGCCAAUGGAAAGGGGGAAAUUUCUAAGGAAGAAGCCUUAGAUUUGAAGGAGCUGCCUAAGCACUUAAGCUAUGGAUUCUUGGAUGAGGAAGAAAAGUUACUGGGAUGUCGACCAGGUGCGAGUGGAUUUACAACUGGUGUUCUUCGUGCUCGAACUAGUUGCUGUUCUGUUGGGGGUGCUGGUGAUGGUGCUGGUGAAGGUGAAGUGGAAGAAGAAGUUCCCUCGCCACGCAAGCGCUUGCUACUAGCGGCGCGUUGCGGUUGCUUUUGA